AUGAAAUAAUUAUAUCUGAAUUAUAGGAAGAAUAAUGAAAUGAAAAAAAACACAUAUCAAGUACUAUCUAAAUAAAAAUAGUAUUAUUAAGAUUUAAUUUCGGAAUGGGGAGACUGUUUUAUCAGAUGGUUUUAGUGAGAAUGAGAAUAAAAUAAAAAGAGCUAAUCUAAAAUUUUUAAUUCCUCUUAGAGCUCUAAAAGAAAAUAUCAUUUACUUUCUCGUACUUAUUUUAUAGGUUUUCUCCUCAUAAGCCUUAUAUUUUGUAGGAAUUCUUCUAGUAAUUUAGUAAUGGUUAGUUGAUUUGCAUAAUUUUAUAAAACUUAGAAAUAUGGAUGACAUGGUGAAUAGUUAAGAAGCACGAGUAUUAAAAUAAUGGGAUGAAUGUCUUAUCAAUAAAGAAAUAAUUGAAAAGAUAAAGGAGAGAUUAAAUAGGUAGGAUUAAAGCGAGAGUAAUUAAAGGCAAAAGAGUAAAUCUUAAGUUGAAAAAAAUUCUUAAGUUAAAAAAAUGGAAUAUUAAUAAAAUUAGAAAAAAGGAACUAUAGUUUGUAAAUUAUGAAAUUAAAUUUAAGCUAAUGUCUCAAUUCCAUUUUAAAAUAUAUCAUAUAAAUAAUAAUAGAGCAAUAAAAAUAUUCGCAGUGAUAAUGCCAAUAAAUAUAAUUAAAUGAGUCCAUUAAUAUAUAAAGAUAUGGCUCUAAAAUUAAAGUAAAUUUAAAUAAUGGAAGAUGAUCCAUUGAUAAUAGAAUUCAAAAAGAAAGUACCAAGUAUGUUUUUCAAAGAUGUCACCCCAACUGCAUAGAAAAUACCGUUAAAUGAAAAAUUGAAGAAAAUGGAAAAAGAUAAAAUGAAUCUUAUUAAAAUCUAGUGUGUUUAAAAUAUAAUGAUAGGAGAUGUAAUUAUAUUAGAAAGAAACCAAAGAGCACCUUGUGACAUUUUAGUUUUACACUGUAAUGAUGAAAAUUUUAGUGUCCAACAUUAAUUAUGUGAUUAUUCAUCUACAACAGUCAGAAAACCAGUAGUAUAAAAUAGAUGUAUAUAUUUUAUUUAUUAUAUAUAAGCUGAUUCUUAGAACUUAGCCUAAUUUAAAAAAUCUUUGACUGGUAACAUCGUAAGUUAUGAACAUAAUUUUAAUAUAAAGGGAUUUUUUUAAUUAAAAAAAGAUCCUUAAUCACGAAUAUUUGGAUUUGAAAAUUUUAUCUUUUGUUAAGAGAGAUUAUUAGCUACUCCAUGGAUAUUAGGAAUUGUAGUAAAAGUAGGAAAUAGUUGUUAAUGUUACACAAGAUAUUUAGGUUAAUUAAGAUUUGAAAAUUUUCACUUUGUUCCUCAAUAUAUCAUCAUUUUAGUCAUUAUCAUAGUAAUAUUUAAAAUAAUUUAAAGGUACAGAUAAUUGUCUUUAAUCAAAAUGAUUUUUUAAAAGAUUUGCGAUCGAUUACUCAAGUUGUAAUUGAUAAUAGUAUAUAUUUGAUUUUGAUGAUUCCUCAUUUCUAUAAAAUCUAUUAUAAGUUAUGUAGCAUUAUCCAAUUAAAAGGAAUAGGAACAGUGGAUUAAAAAUAGAUAAUGUCUUGUCAUAUUGAUAAAUAUAUAGAUAAAUAAUUUCUAACGAUUAGUGUAGAUGCUUUUAUUGAUCAAUCUUUUUAACUUCAAUGCAUAAUUUACAAUAAUAAAUUCUGUGAAUUUGAAGAAUAAAGGUUUCUUUAAUUUUUAGUACAAACUUGUAAAGGUUUGAAUGUAUAAAGUGAAGUUCGAAAUGCAGAAAAAGAUGGUAAUUUUUAAAUUGUAUAAUAAAAGAAUAAGAAGAAAUACAACAAGGAUCCCAAGUAAUAAACUACUUAUUGUAAAGUUCAUGUUCUGAUGAACUUAUGAGUCAAAGAGAUUGCAACAUUAAUUAGGUUCCAAAAUCUGUUUAAGGCAGAUUUAUUUUCUUUUAAUAAUAAGAAUCAAAAGAUGAUUUUAAUAUAAAUUAAAUGGCUUUAAUUUAAAAAGAGUAAGCUUCUAAAGACAAAACCAUAAUUGAAAAUGAUGGUUACAAUGAAACAUUUUAACGACCAUCUAAUCCUGUAAGAAUUUCUAAAGGUUAUUAAUCAUCAAAAGAUCAAUUUAGAUAAGAAGAUUAUUUAAUAGAUGAGUAAGAACUAUGUAAAAAUAUGUUUUAAAAUAAUGAACCAGAUGAAUUGAAUCCUUUAUUGCUUUAAUUAGCAUUAAAUCACUUAGCUUUUUCUAAAUUAUUGAUUACUGAAAAAAAGGAAUAAAAGGUUAAAAAUAAAUUCCUCGGAUAAUUGGAUUAAAAACAAGUAAAUCUUGCAAAAGCUAUGGGUUAUGAAUUUAUAUGCGUAAAUAAUGUUUAGUAAUUUAUUUAUAUAAUAAUAAUUAGAAAUGUUUAACAUUAUAUUAUUUAAAUUAAUGAAGAUUUACAUUCAUUCAAACUAGUAAUAACAAAAUUAGAUAUUUAGAGAUAAAGAUUAUUUAUGUUAUUUGAAGUGGCUGAAUUCUAUUAGGAUAAUGAUUAAUAGUUUAUUCUUUUUUUAAGAGAAGGAAAUGUAAAGAAGAGUGAAGGUAUUGAUGAUAAAGUAUGGAAACAUCAAUAUGAUUAACUUCAUUACAUUUAUUAUUCAUAUUGUUAUUUAACUUAAGAAAGUGCUAAUGUUUUUUUAUAAUCAGUAGAAGGUAACACUCCAGAUAAUUAAUUAUAUACUUUAAUGGAAUAAGUAUUCAAAUUAAAUAUUAUUUUGGGACUAAAAUAUAAUUUAAAAAAUGAUUGUUAAGAUUUUAUGAAAAAUAUCAGAAAAUCUGAUUAUCAAAUGUUUGUUUACACUUAAAAUUAAGAAAUAUUUUCAACCUCCAUUUUAUAUUAAUCUGAACUACUCUUGUAAAAUGAUUUAGUUUUACAUUUCAAUUAAUAAAAUGAAGAAGAUUUACGUGCUUAUUUUAAAUAAAGCUUAUAAGAUUUUUCAAAUACAUUUGGGCAUGCAAGUAUCAAUUCAUCUCAAUUUAUUAAAAUUUAAGCUCUUAAUUCUCAAAAGUAAUUAACUAUUGAUUAAGUUGAUGAAAAACCUAGAACUAAAAAAAUUGUUGUAAUGAUGAAUAAUCAAUCAUUGUAAUAUAUAAUGGAAAAUCAUUAUUUUAAAAAUAAUCUCAAAUUAAUUCUUAGCUUUACGAAAGUGCUGUUUCUUUAUUAAGCUACUUAAGAUUAACUAAAUAUUAUCUAAGAUAUCUGGUGUACUUCAGAUAAAACUAUUAAUUUACUAUAUGAAAAUUAAAGCUUAUUACGAUGCUUUCAUGGGUGUUAAUUAUAAAUUUUACAAUUAUAAUAAUUUAGCCUAUUUAAAAAUUAAAAAAUUGAAAAAGUUGAGAAAAAAAACUUCUUUUCAAAGCUAAUUACAUCCUUAUAAUAAAGAUUGAUAUUUGAAAAAUGUUAUUUUAACGAAAUGCAAAUCAAUUCCAAUACCGAUGUUAUUUUACAAGGUUAUAAAGAAUUAGAUAGAAUCCUAUUUUUUUAGAGUCCUCUUUUAAAAAUAUUCUUUAGAGCCUUGUAUUAACAAACUUUAUACAAAACAACAACUUUUAUUUCUUCCUUCACUUUUGUUACAAUUAUUUAUACCUGGAAUACAUUAGAUUAAAUAGAUUAUUUAAUGGAAAUCAUAUUUUACUUUUACAUAUACUAGUUAGUUUUAUUUCCCUUAUAACAUUAUUCUUUUGUAGAUCAAUCCAAAAGAUUAUAACAUACUAAAGAUUAAUCAAUAUUACUAUAAAAAUAUUCAUAGCAUAAUUAAUCAAUGGAAAAUAUCAUUAUUAUGAUUGUAAAACAUAUCCUCUAAGGAGUUCUUAUUUCAUGUGUUUUUAUUUAUAGAAUGAAUGAUAUGGAGUACUAUCUUUAUAUUUUUAUGUCUAUCAGUAUCAAUGAUUGGCUUUAUUUAAUGGUAAAUUUGAAUAUCAUUGAAGCAAUAAUUCUAGCUGGUGUUUUUCCAAUCUUAUUUUAUAUCUAUAUAUUAUUUGACAAUAUAUAAAAUGAUGAAUGGGAUAAAUCAUUUGAUAUUUAGGAUGUGUUUUCAAUUAUUUUAGGAGCAACCUUCAUUUUAAUAACAAACCUUCUCUUUGAUUAUUUGGAAAAUUAACAUAGCAUCACCAUACCUAUUGUUAAUGAUGAUUUUAUUUCAUAUUUAAAUUACAUCUAAUUAACCGCAUCACAAAAAUAAAAAAAGAAAACAUUGACUAUUUUAUAAAAUAGAGUAAAUGAACUUUUUGAAAAUAUUGAAUAAGUAGAUUUGAGUAUAUAAAAAUGUAUAACAUAAAAUUUAUUGAUUAGUGCUUUUAAAUUAAUAAAAUACUUAGAGCAAAUUUGGAUAAUGGCGUUAAUAAAUAUUUAAGAAGGCUCAAACAAUACUGAUGUGGAAAAAGAAAUAAAUUAUUCAAAGUUUUUAAUUGCUUUUCUAUCAUAGUACAUUUAUUAUAAUCAUAUACUUUUAUUAAGAUAGAAACGAUUUUUUUUUGGUUGAUUAUUUAAUAAGUUUCUGUCUACAAGCAAUAUAUUUUUUGAUCCAACUUUUAAUUUAAUUACCAACAAAUUAAUCAGAAUACUUAGAAUAUGCAAGAUUUAUUUUAUCUACAGCGACGACAAUUUCAAUAUUGUUUGUAAUGAAAUCUGUAGACAACAUCAAUUCUAUUUUGACGAUUUAGUUUUUUGUAGUGUAUGAAUUGUCAAUAAAAUUCCACCCUAUAUAUGAUUUUAGAGUCUAUAUCAUAACAGCUAUAGCAACUAUGAUUGGAUAUAUAACUUGGUAUGUUGUUGAAAAUAAUUCAAUAAUUUCAAAUUAAAUUGCUGUAGUGCAAUUUAUAAUUCUAUUUUCUGUUUUACAAUAUUUUGUAAAAAGUUAUGUAAAUAUUAUAAGAUUAUUCUUUAAGUUUAUUUAAUUAGAAGAAGAUCAAGCAUAGAAUAAAUUGAAUUUCAUUGAAUAGAAUAAUAAGAUUAAUGAUAUUUUAGGAAUCUUAUUACCAAAGUUUAUUCGAGAUAGAUUAAAUGAAAGUAAAUAAUUGAAAUAAAGUUUUAGCUGAUCAAUAUAAUAUUCAUUAAAAUUAAGGUUUGGUAGCAAUAGUAUUUUGUGACAUAUGUAAUUUUGAUUAAAUGGUAAUAGAAGAAAAAGAUAAAAUAAUUACAUUUUUGGAUGAUAUAUUUAGAACAUUUGAUAAAUAUUGUUAAAUAUAUGGAGUUCAAAAGAUAGAAACAGUAGGCAAAACUUAUUUAGCAUCUGCUGGUUUGAAAGCAUGUGAAUAAGAAUUGACUUAUUUAUCUUAGGUUGAUCCAGUUUAAAGAGCCUUAAAUUUAGCAGAAUAAAUGAUGAUAUAUAUAAGAUCAAAAAUGUAAUUAUUUUAGAUGAAAGUAGGUGGGGAUAUAAAGGAUAAUAGUUAGUUGGUAAAAUUGGAAUUCAUUAUGGAGGAGCUAUAAGUGGAGUAAUUGGUUUUCAUAAACCUCAGUUUUCUUUGAUUGGUGAUACAGUAAAUACUACUAGUAGAGUUUGUUCAACUGGUUUGGAAGAUGCUAUUACAUUAUCAGAGUAAGCAUUUGAUUAAUUAAAAAAUGAAAACAUAGAGUUUGAAAUUAGAAAUGUUGAAAUGAAAGGAUUAGGUAUAAGACCUACAUAUAUUUAUAAAUGUAAGAUCUAAAAUAAAGAUAAUCCAUUAUCUAUGUAAAUUGAAUAGGAUGUAUAGAGUAAAGAUGCUAGAAGUUAAAAUUAUGUUAGGAAGAAUCCUGAAAUUUUUAAGAAAGAUUUAAAAAAAAGGAAAACUAUCUUAACUAUGAUUGAUCCUACUAAAUAAAAAAUGGAUUCAAUGUAGGAAUUAGGAGCACAAAAUGUUUUUGGUAUCAAACCUAUAGAUCCAACUUAUUAUUAACCAUAUGAAGAUAAAUCAAGACCUUCUAUUAAAUUAUUAUCAAAAGAUGGAACUCCAAUUAAACAAUCAUAAAAUAAACCUAGUACUUUCAAAAGAUUAGUUACUAUGUUUUAAAAUAAAUUUUAACUUGAAAAUUAUGAACCAGAAAUUGAUGAAUAGAUUGAUUACGAAUAAUUAUUGGUAAAAAUUCAUAAAUUAAUUUGAGAAUGUCAUUCUACUGAAGAAUGAAUAUACACUAGAACACAAUAUUAUUAAAGAAACAUCUUUUUUAUAAUUAUUGUAGAUAUCAUAUUAUAAAAAAUAAAUGAAUCAGUUUGUUAGUUACGAAUAAUAUAUAGAAUUUGUAAAGAUUCAAUCAAAAAAUUAAACAGUACAAAAUUUAAGAAUAUAUGUCCUUUAUUACAUUAUUAAAUAGUUUUGUUUAAUUCAAUUUUAUGAUAAUAUUAAUUUAGGUUUUAUAGUUUUAUAAUGGAUAUGUUGUUUGCUUAAUUUGAUAUAAUUUUUAGUGAAUAGUAAAUAAUAUUUUGAUAAAUGGAAAAUGUUAAUAAAAUUACUUUUAUGUUUUGAAGCUUUAUUGAGUGGAUUGGUGAUAAUUUUAGACGAAGAUGAAGAUUUAAAAAAUCUUCACAUUUUUGAAAUAAUAUUUAUAUAAUCAUUAUUUUGUAGCAUUUAAAUACUUAGCUUUUGGAUAAUGGUUUUAUUUUGUUUAGCAAUAGCAUUUUAUUCGUCAAUAAUAUUAGCAAUUGAUGGAACGUAAGUAAUUUCAAUUUAUUUUAUUAUAAUCAGUUCGAUGUAUAACAUAAUGCUGAUUUUAUUGAUUGAAUAAUAAUAGGUUGGUUGUUUUAAUUAGAAAAUUAUCUUUAAAACUUAAUAAUAAAAAGAAUCAUAAUUGCUUUAAUAUUUAUUGCCAAAACAUAUAUUAAAUAAAUUUUUAGAUGAUAGAAUAGGUAAUGUAGGUAUUUGUGAUAAAAUAGAUAAUCUAACAAUUUUAUUUGCAGACAUAGCUGGUUUUACUGAAUAUUCAAGUAAAGUAAAGCCAGAAGAAGUAUUAGUAAUGUUAAAAAAUUUGUUUGUAGAAUUUGAUAGGAAGUGUUGUGAUUUGAAUGUAUAUAAGCUAUAUACAAUUGGUGAUUGUUAUGUUGCAAUAGGAAUGAUAGACUAUAAUAAUAGAAAUCCUCAUUAAGAGGCUAAGAAUAUUAUUGAUUUAGCAUUUGAGAUGAUUAAUAUUAUAGCUUAGGUAAGAAAAUAAAUAAAUUUUGAUGGACUUAAUAUGAGAAUAGGAGUUCAUACAGGAUCUGUAUUUGGAGGUGUUAUGGGUACAGAUAUUGUGAGAUACGAUAUAUAUGGACCAGAUGUAUUAAUAGCUAAUAAAAUGGAAUCAAAUGGAAUGAAAGGAUUUGUACAGGUUAGUUAAUAAACUAAGAAAUAUUUAGAGGAAGAUUAUUCGCAUUUGUUUAAAUUUGAAUUAAAUGUUACCUUAGAAUUGAAAUCAAUAGGAAGAGAAAUUGAAGGUUAUUUAGUGAGAAAGUAAGAAGAAGAAAACUAACAUGAUCGUUCAUUUUGA